AAUCCCCACGUGACGUCACAUUGCAAAAACAAAAUGUGAAUCCAUUCAAUACUUCACAACUUGAUCAUAAUCUCAUCUUCUUUUCUGAAACCACUUUUAAUCCUUCCGAGUCACGAAACUUUGUCCUUACCUCCUAAAGCACUCUUUCUUCCGACAUUAACCAAUGGAUCACUCUAUUCUCAGCUCCCAUUAUCAACCCCAUAUACAUUUUCCCUCAUAUAAAUACACACACUUGCGCAUUUUCGUCGAUCAACUAUCUCUCUCUCUAAGAUCUGUAUAUAUACAUACAUAACAAGAGAAAGAGGAGAUCGAUAACAUGUCUGAUUGGGGACCAGUUUUUGUCGCAGUGACGCUUUUCGUGUUGCUAACUCCGGGGCUGCUGAUUCAGAUUCCAGGGAGAAACCGAGUAGUUGAGUUUGGAACAUUUCAGACAAGUGGUGUUUCGGUUAUUGUUCAUACCCUAGUCUACUUCACUCUUGUUUGUAUUCUCUUGAUUGCUAUCCAAGUUCACAUGUAUAUUGCCUAAUCGAAUAAUAUAAAAAACAUCUCCAUUUUUGUG